AUGACACACCGGUUCUUUGAGGGGAAGGAUCAUGCCUCCAUCUACCAAAAGUAUCGCUUUGCGCCUCCAGAUGAAGUCAAAGAUAUUCUUCUGCGAUACUUAGAUGAAAAGAAGGUACAGCCACAUGUGCUGGCAGUAGAUCUGGGAUGUGGGACAGGCCAGACCACUCGUCUGUUGGCGCCGCACUUUAAAGAAGUCGUGGGAAUUGACAUCAGUGAGUGUCAGCUGGAGGAGGCCAGAGCUGUGCCCGGGUUCUCCAACAUCGAGUACAGGAAAGGGAGAGCAGAGGAGCUUCCAUUCUCUGACGGCUCUGUAGACUUGGUGACGGCAUCAGCAGCAGCCCACUGGUUUGACCACUCCAGGUUCCUGGCUGAGGCCAAUCGGGUUCUGAAGCCCCGGGGCUGCAUUGCUCUGCUGAGUUACACCAAUCAGAACAACAGUCUUUCCUACCAGAACUGUGGAGAACAACUUAACAGCCUCUAUGAAGAGGUGAAACAGCUGCUGAUGCCAUACACCAGCAACAUCCAAGCUCAGUGUAACAGUAAACUGGAGGAGUUAUACACUGCCAUCCCUUUUCCAGAAAAAGAACGGAUCGAAACAGAAGUGAAAUCUUUCAUCACUUUGAAAAACCUGGUGGGAUUUAUUGAGACCCUGUCCAUGUUCCAAACCUACAAGGAGAAAGACCCUCAGGCGGCUAACGACCUGCUGCUCAACACUGAGAAGAGGUUUCUGGAUGAAAUGGGAGUCACGUCUCCGGACACUGAAAUAGAGUGGACGAUGGAAUAUUUCUGUGUCCUGGCAUCUAAACCAAAAUGA